GUUGACUGACUGGUCCUUCGCUGCCAUCACUCAAUGCGCAGCAUGAUGCCCCAUUGCGUUUUAAAGUAAUGCAGUCAUUACAGUCUUUAUUUAUUUACUUCUAAGAUGGAUAACAGGUUUGAUUAAAUAAACGCAGUUAACGGAGGAGAAAACGGCAUCAUGAAAUGGAGAUGACUCGGACCAGACCGUCCUUGUAUGGAGAAAUCGCUCAAGGUCUUGGCUUCUGGACGGACCGGUCAGCCGUGCAUGAAGCUGCUUCACAGGGCAGGGCGCUCCAGCUGCAGCAGCUGAUCCUGGGGGGGGCAACCGUUAACAUCGUGGCAGUAAGCUCCAUUACCCCCCUGCAUGAGGCAUGUAUACGGGGACACACCAAAUGUGUUAGACUGCUGCUGGAUGCUGGUGCACAGGUAGAUGCUCGGAACAUCGACGGCAGCACCCCGCUGUGUGAUGCCUGUGCAGCCGGCAGCCUUGAAUGUGUCAAGCUGCUGUUGGAGUACGGAGCAACAGUUAAUCCUCCAAUGUUUACCUUCACACCGCUUCAUGAGGCUUGCAUGGGAGGUAAUUCUGAGUGUGUCCAGCUCAUGAUUGAUCAAGGAGCUGACAUCGAGGCGCACGACUGCCACUAUGGGACACCGCUUCAUGUCGCCUGUGGAACGCAACAUUAUGACUGCGCCAAAGUUCUCCUCAAUGCAGGGGCAAAUGUGAAUGCUGCAACGUUACAUGAGACAACUCUUCAUCACGCAGCCAAAACUAAGAGCGUCGACUUGAUCGAUCUACUUGUGGAGUUUGGGGUAAACGUGUACGCGAGGGAUAAUCUGAAAAAAAAGCCCAUCCACUACACCAGUCUGGGAUCUCCCUCGUAUCUCUCCCUUGAGUUCUAUGAGAAUACCCCUCUCAGUCUACAGCAGAUCAGCAGAGUGGCUGUGAGAGGGGCUCUCGGCAUAAGAGCAUGUGAAGUUGUUUCCAAGCUGGAUCUGCCCAAUCGCAUCAUACGUUUUCUUUCUUACAUGCCACCUACAGUUAUUGAGAUCUAGACAGCAAUGAGACACCCAAGAUUCAGCUUCCAGAAAAAUCCAGACCGAAUAUGUCUGCUGACCCUGCAGAACUCAGAAAGUCUGACAGGAUGUUGAAGUUGGCAGAAGUACAUCACAGAUGACUAGCUUGGUGCAGAGAGAUUUCACAACAUCAAUAAUCAGAAUGUUUACCAAAGCAAAAUAGGCAACUUUGAUUUCUGUACCACAAACUGAUCGAGAAGUUCUGGCUUGCCUGUCAUCAAACAACUGCCUGGUUACACACCCAGCAAACACACAGCAAUAAGUCAUGUUUAAAAAAACACAUUAAUUUUAAGUCCAAUAUUUACUUGCAUUCAACUCUGGUUUUAUCUUCUGGCUCCCCACUAACCAUUACUUUACACAAACUCAACUCUGCUGUUUGUCAUUAUCUUGUUUGCAGGAAAAACAAAUGCUUUUAAGGGUUAAGAGAGAUGAGGCCUGGGCUGUGUUCGAAACAAUAUACAAACUUACUGCAUAGUACCACAAAGUCAAUCUGUAUGUACUCUAUACUGCCUACUAAAUUUUACAAUUAAUAAGGCCAUGACCAAAAGACUGUUCACACUCAAGUUAACUCAAGUAAUAUGUCUUAUUUGAUAACCUGUGUUCCCAUGCUUUCACUCAGCUGUAUUCAUAAUUAGUUAUUGUAACCGUUCAUUUUUGUGCAGUGCACCACACCAUUGUACCGUCCGAGGAGCCGCCAUGCACUGUGCGUCAGUUGAGUAUGUUAAGGCUUAACAUACUCUUAUACUUAACAGUUAAGUAACCUAACUUCUCUUACUCAGAAAUUCUUGUUAUUCUAGAAAACAUCCUGGUGUUUCUCACUUAAACAAAAUACACAAACGAUGCAGUUGGAACAUAAAUAUACGAAUUAUUGCGUCAUAUCAGCAUUAAUAGUAUUUUAGUAUAUGAUUUUUGACAGACCCACAGAUUCUCCUUUUAGCCCUUUGCAUUUGUUACGGCAACAACUGUUAUCUUUAUUACUAUAACGAUUCUGAUGGCCUUACAUUACCUCCAGCAGAGCUUAAUCCACCUUUACCCUGAGCACAUUCCUGAUUUGCCACUCCCAUACGGGCAUGUACGGCCCAAACAAUGAAUCCCAGAAGCUUUAUCUAAUCAAUGGCUUUUUGGAGAUUAUAUAAUAUAAAAUAUAUAAACGUGAACUUGGCUUGCUCAAUAUGAUCAAGUAAGUGUGACUUUAUUAUAGAUCCUGUAAUAUUUAACUAAGCACAGAGGGAACAUGAAGUAGUUUUAUAACUAGGGUUAUAUCACUGUAUUUAUUUGUAUAUAACAUGAAAGUAUUUAUUUUUAAUGUUAAUGUGUAAAUAAUACAGAUGGUUCUACCUCGAUUAAAUUAAAGUUA